AAAUGGGGCAUUUACAUAAACGACUAUUAGAAACUCUCUCCCGAGAUCGCUCUUCUGUUGUUAGGCUCGGGAAUGAAGAAAUGGAUUUUGAUCGCUGCGACGGUGGCGAUAAUCGCCGUAAUCGCGAGGCAAGGCACGGGAUGGAGCAAGGAAGCAGCGUUAGAAGCUUUGAAAGAAUGGUCGGAUCGGCUCGGGAUUUGGGCGAUUCCGACGUAUGUAGCGGUUCACACCGUAACCCUAGCGCUAUGCCUCCCUCACGCGGUCUUCUUUGAAGCUGGCGCUUCUAUUCUCUUCGGCUUCCUCCCUGCUCUUCUCUGCGUCUUCUCCGCUAAAGUCCUCGCCGCUUCCUUCUCCUUCUGGAUCGGCAGGUUUGUUUUCAAGAGUUCAAGCAAAGCAACAGCGUGGGCACAUAAUAACAAGUACUUCAACAUUCUCUCAAGAGGGGUGGAGCGAGAUGGUUGGAAGUUUGUUCUACUUGCAAGGUUCUCGCCCAUCCCUUCUUACGUGAUCAACUACGCCUUAGCAGCAACGCAAGUCCGGUUCCUUGCUGAUUUUCUCUUCCCCACGCUUAUUGGUUGCCUCCCGAUGAUCUUGCAGAAUGCAUCUGUGGGUAGCCUCGCUGGUAUGGCUGUGGCUUCAGUAGCCGGUAAACCAAAAACUCAAGCCUGGGGAUAUGUCUUCCCUCUACUUGGGCUACUCUCUAGUGUUCUCAUUACAAUGAGGGUCAAAAAGUACUCCGCUGGAAUUACAGAGGCGUCUUCAGAUACCUCUCCGUCUCCUAAUAGCUCUACUUUAGCUUCGUCUGAAACUGUGAAUCCCGCCUAUUGAACCCAUGGGUCCUAGAAAAAGCGAGUGGUGAUGAUACAUAACUUGAUGUUUCUUUUUUUUUUUGUCUUCCAAUACACCCUUCUGUCUGGCAGCAAUCAGAUUCUGAACACAUGGCUUAAUUUGGGCAAGUAGGCAGUAUCUUAAAAAGGAACAGGAUGUUAGUUUUUGUUCUUCUUGUUUGUAAGCUUUGAACAAAACUCUACACUUUCUUGAGUUCCAACUCUAAAAGUUAACAAGGCAUAAAAGUAAAACCCCUUGAAAUUUGGUAA